AUGCAAAAAGGUGUUGAUGUCGAAGCGGAUGACGGAAUUGGGUUCGAAGACAACGAACAGUUCCAGGACCUGUCUCUGCAGCAGCUACACGAAGCUCUCGACCUACUCGAUGCCGCAGAUAUAGACGCCUAUCGAGAGGCAAAGCGGCAUGCACCAGAUCUAGUGGCGCUAGAGUCCGACCCUCGCCGGUUUCUAAGAGUCGAAAACUUCAACCCAUGGGCCGCUGCUCGUCGAUUAGCGUCGUAUUGGACAAUUCGGAAAAGCAUUUUUGGUGAAAAAUCUCUCUUUCCACUGCGUGGAACGAAAGGCGCCUUCACAGAAGAUGAUUUGCGAAACAUCAAAUCUGGUGUUUUCCAGAUCCUACCGAACGAUUUGUAUGGUCACAGUGUUUUGUUCUUUGAUGAGACAAAGUUGGAGUUACAUACGCCUCGUGGUUUCGCCAAAAGAAUAUUUUUUUUCCUCCAAAUGCUUUCCGAGAACCAACUUUCCCAAAGCAAAGGAUUCACUUUGGUUGUCGCACUCGACAAGGUGGGAAGGAUAUCAGAGAAACCCGGCCGCGAGUUUGCGACUGACCUUGUGGAACAAUCGAUGCCAUUGAAGUUGAAUGAUUUUCAUCUCCUAUGCUGUCGACCUCGAGAAGAAUGGACUACUGCGCUUGAGAAGCACAUUCCAAAGGCGCUUCAUUUUUUGGAGAAAUGCGUCACGUUGCGGGCCCCUAACGUCCACAUUGAUGAAACCCACACCGGGAUUUUGCACAAGAUGUUGAAUUUUGGGUUUGAAAAGGAAAGCUUACCGGCGGUUGCAGGUGGAACCUGGGACAGAUCAGAAUUUGAAAAAUGGCUGGAAAAAUACGAUAUGAGGUUGACAGAAACAUCCUUUUCGCAGCUUACAGAAUGCGCUUUUUCUGAUCUUAUAAAAGAAACAGUCAUGCAUUACCAGCUUAAGGUUGAUUCAGUAGACGAGUCAAGCAGUGUACCUACUGACAACAAUAGUGCCAUCAAUCGCAACCUGUAUGGACCUCUUUCCCUGCCUGAUAUUGCCUCGACGGCUGAAAUCAAGAUGAGCAUGGAAAGUCAACGUCAAUUAGAUGAAGCUCUUGACCUAAUACCUAUUGAGCAGAAGCAUGCAUUUGCGGAGGCAAAGCAGUGUGUCCCUAAUUUAAUUGAGACGGAGUCAAACCCAAUCAGAUUUUUGGAGGCUGAAAACUACAAUGUAUGGGCAGCCACCAAACAUCUCGUCGCGUACUGGAAAUAUCAAAAGGACUUCUUCGGAGACAGGGCAUUUUUCCCAAUGCUGUUGAGUGACACAGGUCGCACAGCUAUUUCUCAAGAGGACAUGGUUUUUUUGAAGACGACAGGCUUUGUCACAAUUCUCCCGAAUGAUAGAUACGAUUGA